GUUGAACGUCACUUCCGUUUUCAAAGCUGAAUCGUACUCUCGGUGAUAAGAUUCACUAUCAUCUGAUGAGACGUAGCAACAUAUCUAAAUAUUGGUUGCCAUAAUCUUGGAAGAUAUGGCAUUCAUGUUAUUAACGGUCGACAUUCAUAUGUACUUAAAAGCAGUGUAUUUACUUUUGUUUCUGGUGCUGCUUCUCAUAUUUUAUGGGCUGAUACUAGUAUGUUUCUAUACACUUGGAUUCAAGAAAAGAUACACUAAUGGCCGUGAUAAUCCUUUUGAGGAAGACUUUGAUACGGUAAAACACGAUGAUGUAGACAAUGAAAGAGGAAGUCAUAUAGAAGAAUGCACUGAAUCCCAACCAGCUGAUUAUCGACCGAGACCGACCCCCCACAAACAGUCAAUCUAUACAAUGUGUAAACACUUCUGCAACAAAAGAAAUUAUAACGAAAACAAUUUGCUCGAAAAAGUGCUGUUGAACCGUACACUAUCUAGCUAUCUCUUGUCACCGGCCAUUCAUUUCAAACGUGUGGUGCUUCCAGUUCAUCGUCAGGAGGGGAAACCACAAAACAGUACAAGAAAAGGAAUAGGGGACAGUGCAAGUGGUUGUAUUGACUCCAAGACAAAACCAAGAGAUUCAGCAGAGGUGCAUCAGAUAUGUAGUCACCAAUUAUCAAAUUCUACGAAUGGAGUAGGAGAAAAUCCAUAUCAUCAGCCACAUGGCACUAAAGGCAAGGAAAGAAACAAAGAAAAGGGCAAAGAAGAAAGACAGGCGACUAGUCAGAGCAGAAACACUGACACAGGGAUCAUCUAUGACAGUGAAAAUGAAAAUAUGGAUGAUAACACAAUCAGUCGCGAUCUUAACGCUCUCCACAUGCAAACCCAUUCCAACAAUACUGGAAAUAUAGCAAACGGUGAAAAGGUGUCCGGAAAUGAAUCUGACGCUAAGGAGUGUUCUACCGUUGCAGGAACCAACUAUACUAAAGAACAGGUCAUGAGCUAUGAUGUGGAUAAUGAACAAGAGAGAGGUAUUUUAACUUCCGUAAACCUCCAGUCUAGCAACAACGAUGGCGUACACAGUUGUUUACCAAACGACUUUGCAACAACAACACUUGCUUGGGAACAAAGCCAUGUACAAUAUUUACCCAACCAAGGCAAAGCAGAACCCAUUGAAGUACACGAAGAUGUUAUAGUAGCACGAAUUGGGAUACGUGCUCUGAAAGAUUAUCCAACAGAAACAUUGGCAGUUCAAGUCGCGAAUGGGAAAAUAUUACCACUGGCGCCGGAAGAAGACUUCAAAGAAGAGGAUGAUACCAGCGGGCAAAAACAGUUGGACGUUCCCAGUCGCAAAGACCAACCCCACGGACCUCUAGCUAAGCUGGACGUUUCUGGUCGCAUAGAUCAACCCCAAUGGCCGCAACAACGGUUAGACGUUCCAAGUCACAAGGAUCAACUCCCAGGUCCGCGCCCAUUGAUGAACGAUCCCGUACACUUAGAUCAACACCCUCGUCUGCAAACACGGUUUGACGAUCCCGGUAGCAAAGAUCGACCCCCAGGUCCUCGCGUACUGAUAGACGAUCCCGGUUUCAAAGAUCGACCCCGAGGUACUCGCCCACUGAUAGACGAUCCCUGUCACAAAGAUCAACCCCCAUUACGGCAACAACGGUUGAACAAUCCAAGUCACAAAAAUCGACCCCCAGGUCCGCGCCUACUGAUUGACGACCCCGAUCUCAAAGGUCGAUACCCUGGUCCGCUCCCACUGAUGGACGAUCCAGGUCACAAAGAUCAACCUCCAGGUCCGCGCCUACUGAUUAAUGAUCCCGGUCUCAUAGAUCAACCCCCAUGGCUGCUCACACGGUUGGACACACCAUGUCACAAAGAUCAAACCCCAGGUCCUCGCGUACUGAUGGACGAUCCCGGUCGCAAAGAUCAACCUUCAGGACCGCGCCAACUGAUGAACGAUCCCGGUUGCAAAAAUCUUCCCCCACGUUCACAGUGGCACGUCACAGGUCCUAACAAUCAACAUCCAGGGUCACUGUCACACCCUCACAGGUUUGGUUGUCAGGAUCAGUCUCAAGAUCUAGUUUCAUGGAAUCGCUUACCUGUUCGUCAGGAUCAAACUCCUGCGUCAUCCUUACAGAAUUGUGUAUCUAAUAAUCACGAGGGGAGACGGUUGCAGGGGCCCGUGCAUCAUAGGGAACGUAAUACACUAUCUCCACAUGAAGAAUCAUUAAUGGUUAAUGACCUACUUUUGGAACAACCGCCAAGCUUGCAAAGUCAUGGGGAUUAUCAUGAACCACUGGAUCGCAUGCCACUGGAUGGUGACCUGCUGAAUGGAAUUUUUCCUAGACUGCACGAAGAGAACCAGCAAGUGCCGGUGGAUAAUCGGUAUAUGGAAUACGGAAUAGUGCCUGAUCUUAUUACAGAGCCUAGUCCUUUUAUAAAUCUUAAUGACUAUGAAAGGCUUGAUCCUGCCCAUCUGAUACUGCAUCAGGAUCAUCAGGUUCUUCACCAGGGCAGACAGCAACGUCCUCACCAUGACGAGAGGAGACAAAGACAUCUGAACGAAGACUUUGAUGGUAGCACACAGAGGGGCCCCGUGAUCAGAGUCGGAAAUUUACGUGACUGUCGGACUGUUUAUGCUAGUCGCGUAUCUCAUGGUCUUCGAGAUGGAACCGUUGAUGAAAAUUAUUAUCUGGACGGGCAAAUGAUGUGCGUGGUUUGCAGAAAUAGGCCCGUAGGCGUCCAACUUCAUCCCUGUGGACACAUCGUCUACUGCCGGAUGUGUGUUCGGUCACAACCUUCCUGUCGGCAGUGUGGUGGGCUGGUGGAGGAUUACACAAACGCCUAACAGUGGCUUCGAUGCUUUUCUUAAAUGAACUAGACUGACUACUAGUCCCUACGUUUUUUUGCAGAGAAUUGUCCAGUCGUACUUUUUCUACCAGCUUAGCUCUCCCUUAUCUGAGACUUACUCAGGACCAAACAUCCAAAAAAA